UACAUAAAUAUACUAAUUCAAUAGACGCGGUAGUGUGGUAAUGCAACGGGGUAUAUCGCUGUGCUAGGGCUGCUAGGAAACGUUAAAUCGAUUUAAUGCCAUGUUUCGAUCGGAUCAACGAUCCACUUUGAUGUCACUGUCUUCCACUCAAAUAAUCCAAUCGUCGCGAAUACCGUCCUGUGGCUUACCCAGAAGGCCGUUCAUCCCAAGCAUUCGGACGGGAUAUCUUGCUAUGCAUACAACUCUUGCAUCAAUUUUUUUUCUCUUCCUAUCUCUAUUUUACCUAGAACUUGUAAUUAUUACUUUUUUGCUUUUUUGCUUUAUUCCUGUCCCGGUGACUUUGACAAUGUCAAGUCUUCGUAACUAAAUUCUCCGUCUCCUUUUCUGAUGGCGUCGCUCGUUACCGACUUUCUUGUCAACCCGGUCAUACGACAAGCAAGACGGUUCUCACGAUCAUCAGGUAACCAUACCACUUCCGACUCCGUCUCACCUGCCGAAACACCUAGCGAACACAAAGAAUGCCAAGACGAUGCUAGAUCAGAGACAGAAGAGGAUUCAUACUUGGACGACGAAGUAGAUGAGAGCAUACCGUCGUCUCCCUCGUCACGGAGCUCCGUCCACCCAAACCCACAUAAUGAAGUAGCUGACCUGGAUGAAAACAUCGCCCAGUUCAAUGCCAUAAAUCGUACCAUCGCCCACAAUCCCGAUACGCAUCUCUGCGGCCGUGACAUUCAAAAUUUCGACACACAUCUCAGUUCGACGCCUAUAAGUAGCUCCACUAUGGCAGCAGAUAGACUGUUAUCACCUGCCGAUCUUUCUUCGAGGAUAGAACGAAGAAAGUCGUUACCAGAGGAUGAUGGGAUGAGUUCAUUGAGGAAACGUGUAUUCGCCAUCCAAGCACAGGAUGUUGAACCAGUCGAGAAAGCCCGUUUAAUGCACCAGCUUCUAAUAGAAGGCUACACGAAGUCAAGAAAGGUGGCCCUAAUAGAACGACCCCUAACACCCUCUAGCCCCACAACUUCAGACCAACGACGAUCCCAAGGUCCUUUAGAAUCCUUCAAGUUCUGGCAGAAUACUUCAGAGGAGACGGUAACACUAGAGGAAUUUGAUUUGACACCCGAAGACCUUCAGCCUACGUUUGCGCCACCGAGGGAAAUAUCAGAAGAAUCUGGUGAAUAUGCAGAAGAUCCUGAAGACGAUCGACCUCUCGGUUGCGAGCAUUAUAGGCGAAAUGUUAAACUACAAUGCUCCACAUGUAAUCGGUGGUACACAUGUCGUUUCUGCCAUGACAAGGUAGAGGAUCACAAUCUGAUCAGAAAAGAUACUAGAAACAUGUUGUGUAUGUAUUGCGGCACUGCCCAAAGGGCUAACGAUGUUUGCAUGUCGUGCGGAAUCUCAGCUGCUCGCUAUUACUGCAAUAUAUGCAAAUUAUGGAACGACGAUCCGGACAAGCCUGUCUACCACUGCAAUGACUGUGGCAUCUGCAGGAUUGGAAGGGGGAUCGGUAAAGACUUCUACCAUUGCAAGACUUGCUGCGCUUGCAUCGCCAUAGGCCAGGAGAAAGACCACAAGUGCAUCGAGAGGUCUAUCGACUGCGACUGUCCUAUUUGCGGUGACUAUAUGUUCACAUCUCCCAAGGCCGUAUGCUUUAUGAAAUGCGGACAUAGUAUUCAUCGUCAGUGCCAUGAUGAACAUAGAAAAGUUGCUUAUAAAUGUCCGAUAUGCAACAAAAGCUUGGCAAACAUGGAGUUGCGAUUUCGGAAUCUUGAUAUCGCAAUCGAAACGCAGCCCAUGCCACCCGAGUUUCAGGAUACGCGCGCGUUGAUUCUAUGCAACGACUGUUCUACCAAGAGCACAGUCAAAUACCAUUGGCUAGGUUUAAAGUGUGGCCUCUGUGCUUCUUAUAAUACCGCACAACUUCAGAUACUUGGCAUGGCAGACGAGGCAAUCGAAACUGACCUGCUUGCGCGGGAAAUAGAUUUUUCCGAACUUACAGCUUUACGAGGUAUUGCAGAAGGGGUUGAUGGUGCUCGGGCUCGUGAAAUAAGGAGGCGUCAUUCGUCUACUGUCGCGCGGUCGACAAUCAACCAAUCCAUCAUAGAGUCGGAUUGCCCCGGUAGACUCGCGCGCUCUGUGUCCCCACCUACUGGUCUAGCGGCUUGGAAUGCUCUUGCGGGACACUCUCUCGUGGAAGCUGAUGAUGAGGAUAGAGAGGAUAUAUUGGGGUUUUGGAGUCGGCUUCCUCGUAGUAUAACGUCGGACGAUGAUGAGGACGACGCAGAUGAUUCCGAUGGCGAAUCUAUAUCGUCUUCGGAAGACGAGGAUGAGGAGGACGAAGGAGACGAUGACGAGAUAGAUGACUUCGAGCUGCUUGGGCACCGCUAAACAUAACGGAUUGGAGUCGUACGUAGUGGCUUAGGAUUGACAUUGGGAUGGCGUUCAGGUACGGGGGCAUUGAGCGCAUGACGAAAUUCUAGCAGGGUUUGGGCAAAAAUAGUUGGCAUCCAGUAUACAGCAACGGUUGGGCAUGCAAAUUGGUAUAUAUUAGAUAUUAGGUGGUUAUAGAGGAAGGAAGUGGUAUUCUGUCUCGCCCAUCCCGGGUGCCCGCGAACCUCAGGAGAGUGUUCAUGACUACGUAUACAUUGCAUACAAAAACACUCAAAAAUACGU